AUGAGACAACUUCCCAUUUGCUUGUUAUUUUUUGUCUUUCUCGGCUCUUUGUCAGCCGAUUGUUCACCCGAUUACACGUACAACAACGAUUUGAAUGUUUGCAUUCGUUUCCCGAAUGUGACAGGAACAUGGAAUCAAGCCUGGGUGGAUUGUCGAAUGGAAAACGGCCAGCUUUUCUCGAUUCACAACGCUUUUCAGAACUCAUUUGUCGCCAACUUAUUUGCAAAAUUAUCAGGAGAAAGCAAGGGAUGGCUGGGAGCGAAGAUCGGUCUUGGCGCAAACGGUGCAAUCGGAUGGGCUGAUGAAACACCGUUUGACUAUCAACGAUUGCAACAAUCAAGUGGUGCUGGGAACUGUUCCAUUUUGGAUUCAAACGAUCUGAUGUGGCGAAUGAAUGACUGCUCUCGGCAAUUCAAAUACCUGUGCUAUUCUCCUACAAUUAUUCCGUCAACCACCGAUUUCUCCUACACUCAACAAGACACAUCUCCCAACUAUCAGCCAACAAAUACCCCCGUUAAUCUCCAAUGUUUGCCACCUGCCUCUCAACCUUUGUACAAAUGUCAACAGGGUUGGCAAUACUCUUUACAAACAGGAUAUCAAUACUUGGUAGCCACCGAUAUGUUUUUCGACGAUGCUGAGAGCUAUUGCUCACAACAAGGAGCACAUCUUGUAUCGAUUCACAGUGACGAGGAGAACGAUUUUGUGACCAAUCUCUGUUGUGGAUCUGCGUGUCAAACGAGUCACGAUGGGGCUCAGUAUUCGAAUUAUCUUACCGGAGGGAAACAGAUAAAUGGCGCAAUGACUUGGACUGAUGGGUCACCGUUUGACUAUCAGCAUGCCACUUGCGAAAAUGAUCGAAACAAUGGAGACAUUCUUUUUAUUUCCAACUUCAAUGGUUGUGGCAGUUGUGGCGUGUCGGGUCUCUGGAUUAUCGAUGAGAUCCCCACGCCGACGCCGUAUAUCGUUUGCAAGAAA